AUGUCAGGACAUUUUACAGAAGAAGGAGCUCCACCAUCGUACGAGGAAGCUAUUAAUCCAAAUGCACCACCACCAUCAUAUGAUUCAUUAUUUGGCAGAGUACGAGAAGCACAGAAAUCAAGCAAAGGAGUCCUGGAUUUUCUGAAAAAUAUUAUCAUAAUUGUAUUGGGCACAUUGGGUUGUACAAUCAUAUUAGGAGUUACCAUAGUUAUUCCAAUUUGUAUGAUAGUCAUGGGAUCCAUUUAUUUACACGAUUGUCCUCAAGGAGAAUACAUUCCAGUUUACCUGCUAGUAGGAGGAAUAUUUGGUGUAGUAAAACAACUAUUACAUUUAUCAGCGAGAGUAAGACAAACAGAAGAAGAAAGACAAGAAGAAAAUUUACGGCAGUCUCCUACACAGACUUUAUUAAAUUGUUUCAUGCUGGGAUGGUUCAUAAUAGGUUCUGUGUGGGUUUAUAAAGAAUAUCAACCAAACUACGAUCCGAGCCUUGGAAAACACUGUAAUAAAAAUUUGUAUUUAUUCGCUUUUUGGCUUAUUACUUCCGUCUAUAUUCUAUUAGGAAUGAUAACCGUAUGUUUAUGUUCGAUAAGUUUAGCCACUGUUGUUUUUCAUACGGAACAACUAGGCGAAAAUGAUGUUAACGGUAGGCUAUGGUAG